GAUUACCGUAGUUAAAUUGGAGCCCUGCAUCGCCAUUGCCGCAUCUUACAAGAAAUAAUAGGGUGAUUUUAUAGACCACGGACACUUUAAAACUUAGUUAACAAUUAUAAACUGGAAUUAUAAGUCAUUAAGGCAGCGUUAGUCAUUCGCAAAUGAAUGUUAUGAAAUGUGAUCCGGAAAAAUGACAGAAAUCGCGAAGCUAGAAAAACCAGCAGAUGAGGACACCGGCACAGCAUCUCAUGUCUCCGCCCAGCCGCCGGGGACGGGGACACCUGGUCCAAGUCUCUUGUACCAGCUUCGACGGGUCGGAGCGGCAGCCAGCAUGCAGGGAGUCAAAGAUGUAUUUAAACUAACCAAGCCCAGGACCAUCAUAGGAAGGAAUACUUCAGAGGUGGACUGUUUCGUAGAUUCUUCUGUUCACACCAGGCUCAUCUCUCGCCAACAUGUUGAGAUCCUUAUGGAGAUGGAUGAGAACCAAAGUCCAAUACUCUAUGUAUUAGACAAAAGCCUGAAUGGAACAUUUGUCAAUGAUAUUAAGAUCUCGUCGCAGACGAAAGUUCCCCUGAAAGAAGGAGACACCCUGACCCUUGGACAUCUUAGAGGGGUCCAAGUCAAGCAAGGUACCUUUGCUGAACAGGAGACCUCAGAAUUUAGAUUCAGGCUUGUAUAUGCCCCUGUGGAAGAAGACUGCACCGAGGAUGGCGAGAAUACCCCAACAAAGAGGAGACGGAAAGAUUCCCCCAAAGUGUCCAAGAAAACCCGUAUCCUCCACCCACCGGACAGCAACGUCACCUCGCCAACGUCGCAAACUGCCAACAGAGCUGCCAGUAUCCCUCCUCCGUUCCUUCAGAACAGUAUCCACGAGGACGACUCGGAGAGCGGUGCGAAGAUGGCGGGAGAGAAGGGAAAGACUAGGGUUGAUUCCACGCCUGCCUCGUUCCUCCAAGACAGUGAAAAUGAGACUUUGAAAGAGGAGGAGAAUACCCAAACCUCAACAAAGCCAGAUUCCUCGAGAGGGAGGCUGAAGAGAGGGCGGGGUAGGGCUGCCGUGAUUGGAGCGGCGCGUGGAAGGGCAAGCACACUGAGUGGUCGAGGAAGAGGAAGUAGUAGAGGAUUAGGGCGUGGUAGGGGGAGAGGCAGGGGACAGGGUGACAGCAGUCGGAAGACGGAGGGUGCACCUGUGUCCGGGAAGGAUGCUAGGCAGGGUGCUUCAACAAGCAAGGGAGCUGAGGACACUUUUGAGUUCGAGUUAGAAUCAGAUAGCGGAGGUGAAGAAAACUCCAACUUACACCGUCAGCUUGAUUCAAUAUGUAAAAGUUUAGACACCUCGGAUUCGGAUUCAGUCAAGAGUAAAGCAGGGUCGUCAAGAUCGUCUCGAGGGAGACCACCUAAAAAUGCUGCAUCUUCCAAGUCCGAGCCUAAGCACACAGAUAAAAAGAAAGGAGAGAGUGCUACUGCUACACAAGGUGUCCGGAAGAAGAGAGCGGCUGCCCCCAAGAAUGAUGAUGAUGAUGUAGAAUACAACUCCCAGCCUUGUUCUGCGGCUAAAUGUUAUCGACCUAAAGAUCGCACAGUGACAUGGGUCCAAUGCGAUGACUGCGACAACUGGUUUCACGUGACAUGUGCUGGGUGCGAUUACAACAAGGUCAAACAAGCGGACUAUCAGUUUUUCUGUGGAUGCAAACCCAAGAAGUUGAAAAAGUGAGACAAACUCUAUCAUCAUUAAUGAACAGUUAAUGAAGUGAUCAAAUGACUAAAGAUUCAGAAUAAAGAGUCAAGGACGUGCUAUAUCUCUAGACCUCCAAUGCAAGGAAAGGUGUCUGCAGAUCCAGAGUACCGUAAUUUUGAUAUUCUGUUCUGAUAAGAUUAUGCAAUUUUGUGUUUGUCAAUUCUGACAUAUACAAGUGUUAAAGGUGCUUUCUUUUUGCAUUUGCUUUUUAUUGGAAUGACCCAUUUAAAAGCUCAUAUAUUUUUUUUGUUUUAUUGCUCGAAGAAGAAUGUAGUGUUAGGAUGAAAACGUAUGGAAACAACGGAAGAUUAGUCAAAGAGUCUAAUGAAUUCUGGUGAGUUUUGAAAUAAUUUGUUUGCUUUGAAGUAUCGGAUCAAAUUCAGUGUGCAUUUAUGAAACCAUGAAUUUCCCAGACUCAAGAUGGGAAAUAUUUCAUAACAAAAAGGAGUAUGUUUCAAGAAGAAACAUAUUUCAUAAAGGUAUUUCACAUUUACAGAAUGUGUUCGAACUUAAAAGAUUCCAAUACAGGUUUUUACAGAUGAUAAGUUGUAUUCAAAUUUCAUUUAUGUUUCAUGCAAAUUUUCUAAUAACUUUGCAAGUUAGAGCAAGAAUGACACAUUUGUAAGGUUGAUGAAUAUGUAUGUUUUAAUGAUGGUAGAUUUCAUUGCCUUUUUCUUGCUAAGAAUAUUGCGUAUGGACCAAAUUUCUUUUGUAAUGUGAAAGUACUAAUUAUGAACCUUACUCUAAUUAUUUGCCUAUUAUCAGGCAUUUCAAAGCAACUUUAACAGCUAAAUGGGUUACUGUUGUAAAUUUGAGCAGUUAUUAAAAGGUAAAGUAAAUUAUAGUGGGAAAUUUUCCCUUUUUUGUAUAAGCUCUAAAUGUUUAAAAGGUACUCCAAAGAAUUCUUCUCCAAAAUACAGUACAACUUAUUGCAUGUGAGUGAUAAGAGAAAAACAUAGCAAGGAUAUUUAUUUUCUUUUUGAAGGAGCAUUAAUUCAUGCAUAAUAUCUGUGUGUACCAUAGUUUCGACCACUUUAUAAUGAAAACUGCCUUUUUUAUUUGUCUUUGGUAAUCAAACACUAUAUUGUUUCUCAAUGAUAAUUCAAAACAGGAUACAAUUAUACUUAGAUUUUUGGGUCCCUUUAUUAUUUGUAAACCAAAAGAGAUGCUUAUCAAAUGUCUUCAUUUAAAAUUUUUGCAAAUUCAUUCCUUUCCUUAAGACAGGGGAAAAGAUGGUGCAAGAAAUGUGAAGUACUUGUAUUUCUGUUUUGUAUUAUGUUUAUGCACCUAUUUCUGUGAUCAUCAUUUCAGUUUUGUAUGGAACAUGUAAAUAGUGUUUUAUAAAUUCUUUUGUAAAAAUUGACAGGAAGAGGAUUCCUUUUACCAAUGAACACUUGUAAAAAGACCUCUUUAUUUUGAUGGGAUGCGGAUGGAGAAGAUGGUGGUGUUGUUGAUGUAACUGAUAGGUGAUAAUGAUUGCAAGUCCGUUUGACGAUGAUUGUGAUGGCGACACUGAUGAAGAUAAUAGUGGUGAUUUUAAGUGAUAGCAUAAAAUGGAGGUAUUGAUGAUGUUGUGGUGAUGAUAGUGAUGGCAACACUGAUGAAGAUAAUAGUGAUUUUUAGUGAUAGCAUAAUAUGGAGGUAUUGAUCACGUGGUGAUGAUAGUGAUGGCGACACUGAUGAAGAUAAUAGUGGUGAUUUUAAGUGAUAGCAUAAAAUGGAGGUAUUGAUGAUGUUGUGGUGAUGAUAGUGAUGGCGACACUGAUGAAGAUAAUAGCGGUGAUUUUUAGUGAUAGCAUAAAAUGGAAGUAUUGAUGAUGGAGAUGACGAUGCUGUGGUGAUUAUAGUGAUGGCGACACUGAUGAAGAUAAUAGUGGUGAUUUUUAGUGAUAGCAUAAUAUGGAGGAAUUGAUUGAUGAUGCUGUGGUGAUGAUAGUGUUGGCGACACUGAUGAAGAUAAUAAUGGUGAUUUUUAGUGAUAGCAUAAUAUGGAGGUAUUGAUGAUGUUGUGGUGAUGAUAGUGAUGGCAACAC